AUUACUAGUCAACGUCGCUUGAUCACCCGGACUUCGCCAGAUGCACGCUGAAAGCCAUCACCUCCGAAAGACUAGGACAGCAAAGCUUGGUUUCUAACCGGGUGGUUACUGCCAUCACUGGUUAAUAAGAGGCAGUCUAUAAAAAGCAUUCGAAGCAGACACGUUCUAACUGAACCCCAGCAGACCCUGACCCACUUUGAGGUGGAAACAGAGUCUAGCCCUGGCAAUGCCAUCCAGGUUCUCCGUGUCUUUGAAUUCAUACUCCGCCGUCACAAGCAAUGCGCAACAAGCUCUUGAAGACCCGGCCAAGUUCCGAUCAAAAGCGAACCUUUUCAAUCCACCAGGACGACGGCCACAAUCUCUCGUCAGCGACCGUCGUUCCCGCAGAGGCUGCACCGGCCACGACACCGACCAAAUCCACCCCAAACAAACCGCCAAAGUCCUCGCAUGAACUCCGCUCGCUCCGGUUGGCCCUCUCACCUGCCUCCGAAGGCACCAUCAACUCCGCAAUGCCCAGAGCGGCAACUAGCGGAGUGAAUGGCAAAGUCGAAGCUGAUCCCACUUCUUUGUCCCCGCGCAUCCCGAACCGCAUGAACUCGACCAUUCGGACAGUAUCUAGCUUCGAGGAUAGCAAAGGCUAUUCGGAAGAGGAUUCCAGCUCCGACGGGACACCGUCACAGUCAAGGUCCCGUGACUCGGGGUUCUCUAGCUCCCUCAACAGCACCGGCAGCGUGUCUUCGUCGAUCUCGCAGCAACGGGGCCAAGCAAUGCGGAACGGGAUAAGCAAGAUGCCUUCAACUGGCGCUUUGAAGUCGAACACCUCCGGGACGACAUAUGAUAGCGGGGACACCAUUCUCGACACGGCGCCGAGGGUAUUGAGAAGUCGUCCGAGCUUUGCCGAUUUCCAAAGAGAGAGCAGCCUGAGCCAGUCAGCAACAACAUCAUCAAUAUCACCUCCGAACAGCAACACCGACCCCGGCGGUGGAUCGGGCUCGAACGAGCUCUCCCUCGCCGCCACCGAAGCACAACUCUCCAACGGCUGGGACAACUCAGUCGGCAAAGCCGGCCUGGGCAAGACGGGACGGGUCAUCAACCGGCUGGUAUCCGACAAUGAAGCGCUCAAGCGCGACAUCCAGAUCGAGCGACUCCGCGCCGAAGAGUCCCGGCAGGCCGCCCGCCUCUUGGAAGACAAGCUCGAACGAACCAUAUCCGACUACGAGUCACGUUUACUCGAGGCCAACGUCACCAAGACGCUCCUCGCACGGAAAGAGCGACAGGUCGAGUCCCUACAGGACGCGGUUGAGCUCGAGCGGAAACGGGCCGUCGACGCGGCCGGGCGUGAGCGCAUCUGGAAGGAGGAGAUGGAGAAGGCGCGAGCCGACGCGAAGCGCCAGGUCGAGGAGGCGACCAAUUACGCGGCGCUCUGUGAGGGCCGGUACAACGCCAUCAGCAGCCACUGGAAGGACCAGGGGGAGGAGGUGAAGCGGGCGAUGAGCAAGAUGCGGAAGGAGGUGGAGGAGCUUUCGGCCGAGCGGAAGAAGGACGACGAGAAGAUCGAGACGCUGCGGGAGCUGUGUGACCAGCAGGACGGGAAUAUCCGGGAACUUAGGCGGCAGAAGGAGGAGAUCGAGAAGCAGUUCGAACGGUAUAAGCUCCAGCAGGAGGAAGAACUCAGGGAGAUCAAGAGGCUGGCGGAUCAGAGGGAGCAAGAGCAGGAACGGACGUUGCAGGAGGCGAGGGAGGUGCUGAAUAAGCUGAAGUGGGCGUUGAACGUGAAGGAGAAGAUUGCGUGGGCUCAAUAAGGGAUCGAUCGAGCGCAAAGAGCCGGCUGCCGUUACCGUAUCCCAGGGCUGGUC